AGAUUCUCUGGUCUACUAUGGUCCCGGGUUGAUCGAGGGAUGCGUCUUCUGCUUCUCGUAGUUGUCGGCUGUGUUGCCGCCACCAAUACCCCUUCCUCAACGCAUAAACGAGCGAUCGAUGACAGUACGCAAACGAUCAAGAAAAGCGAGAUAGUGGAAGGAAGCGGGGACGAUUCUGCGACAAAACAUUCUGUUGCGUCACCGGACGUCGAAAUCCAUGGUUCGGGCUAUGGUAGUGACGAUGAAGAUGGCGAUACCGUACACGGAUCAGGCGCCUCUAUCGUCGACGUUGUUGAAGGGUCAGGAAGUGUUGUACCUUCAAUACAACAACGACCACAGGUGACGACGACCACAACGACUACACAUAUCCCUCCUGUACAGCCAUCCUCGGAUUUGGAUCAUUCUUUCAAUCCUGUUGUGCCUAUUCGACAACUGCCAAAGGAUGACGUCACGACAACGUCAUCAACGACGACAACGACAGUGUCUUCAACACGUCGUACCGUCAUUCAACCUGCUACAACGCCUGAUCCUGCUGCCACACAAUCACCAUUCCAUCCUGUGCUCAAGCCUGGAAUUUUUGCUGCAGUCGUUGGCGGAACCGUGGUUGGUCUACUGACAGCAAUUCUAUUGGUGAUGUUUAUUGUAUAUCGGAUGCGAAAAAAGGACGAAGGUUCAUACGCAUUGGAAGAACCCAAGCCUCGCCCAUACGCAAGUUAUGCGUACACAAAAGCCUCCACUAAAGAAUUUUAUGCCUAAAUAUGUGUUUUUUGUACUUAUUGAUUAUUCGUCUUGCAUAUCUAUCAUAUCAUCUAGCAGUCUGGUUCAAAGCAUGACUUUUCGAUUUCCAUUUAUGACACUUCUAUCUCGUCUUGCGCUACAAAGAUCGUGCCAGUGUGUGUUGUGCGAAAUUGUCUCUCCGUCUUCAGACUGCUGUGAAUAUGCGGCUAGGCCUGUGUUACUGCAUCUUUUUCGUUCACUUUCAUAUAUCGUAUAUGCCAUUCGGGCAUUUUUCUCCUCGUCGCUUGCGGAAGGACCCGUUACAACGACUGUGAGGCAUCUAUACGGUACUGCCAUGCAUCAUAGGCCAAUCGCGUGCUUUCUGUAAAUGCUCCAAGAUGCAGCCAAUUAGAAUUGCCCUAAUUAGUUGCCUCAUCGUUCGGCCAUGACUUUCUCUCAUCGAAAAUUAUCCAUUUGGCAUCAAAUUGGAAAGAUGACUGCCCAAUGGACUCACUUAUGAGGUAGGAAGCGGUUUCAGGAACAAACCUUUGUUUGUGCUUUUGACGCGCAGUAGGGGUCAGGUGGCUGAGCAGGAUUAUCGCUCGCUCUUUUAGUAAAUAGAGAAGAUUCUCGGUUGAUAGAACAAAUCACAUGUUGCACUAGGGCUCAGCAAGCAGAAUAGAGCAGAAUAGAAAAUAGGGGAAGUUCCUGAAGCCAUAUCUACUGUCCCUUUCACAACGAGCAGAAUCGUGUGUUCUAUAUGUACCCAAGCGUCCAGGAGUGCAUAAUAAUCUCAAUGCUCUGAUGAUGGUCAGUGGUCAUCAUCUCUCAUCCUAAACUACCCAUUCACUUGUCCGUACAUCAUAUUUUUUUCCACUUGUUUAUGUGUUUCUUUCUCGUUUGUCUCUGAUUAUGUUGUUCGCUUGUCUUAUGUGAGAUUCGUUAUGUAUCGAUAUGUAACUUGUUCGCAUUGCAGGUUACGAUUUUCUUGGUUGUUGUCGUUUGAUUGCGUAGGUUUAUCAUUUGAAAUCAUUCAAUAAAGACAUUGUUAUAGUUGCGCUUAACCUGUAAACUAUCAGC